GAGGCAGUACUGCGUCUGGUGGAGGUGAACGGUGCGGGAGGCGGCGGAGGCGGGCGGCUCAAGGACCCCGCUUUCGACUAUUACUGUUCCGCCAACGACCACUGGACCACCGAAGAAAUCGAUGUGUUCCACCAGGGGCUGCAUAUGUACGAAAAAGACUUCUACACCAUCGCGCAGGAGAUCGGCACCAAAUCGACGAAGCAAUGCGUGCGCUUCUACUACAUGUGGAAGCAA